ACGCCCCCUUGCUUUUGACUAUUCUUUAAGCACAGACCCUGAUUUGACACAAGAAGUCCGAAAUUCGAAAACAACGCUUGAGUCGGGCCAAUAAAAAUACUGACAACAUAUCUUAAGAGUCUUUUGGAAGUCUUCAAUACACAUUUCCCAGUCGGAGCACCCAUGCAGCAUUUUAAGACAACUGCCCAAAACGAAAAGGCAAAUAGUGUAGAAAAUCUAGCCUAUCAUAGGGCCAAAAGAGGUCUGACAUAACUCGAUCAUGCGGGGAAAGCCCCGUUUUUACUACCAGUUUGGUUGCGACGACGCGUUGCAUUUUCUCUUCCUUCCGAGUUACUUCCGCAAAGACGAAGUUAAAGUUUUGAACUCUAUAAUAAUGAUAAAAUGCCUGAACCUUAUUAAACGGUAUGCGUAGUCUUGGUGAAUAGAUGCAUUUUCGGAACUUCCAGAGCCUAUAGCCUAGGCCCAAAUUUGAAUAGGUGACUUGUAUAAACUUCCAUGGGAUCCAUAGAAAGUGAUUGAAAUCAGAUUGAUCUUUUAAGCCUGGAUCCAUCUUUCAACAAUGGCCAAGAUACAUUUCUUCAGGAUCAAUUGGAUGCUGCCCGUUCUCACUAUUCUUGUCUUCCUGACCCAGACCAUCUACUCAGCUCCACUCUCCUCCUACCUGGUAUCAUCCUUUACUCCUCCUGAUGCUGACUCCAACCUACCAUUCAACCACAUCACCAUCAACAACAUCACUGGAGAUGUAUACAUCGGAGCAAGGGAGAGACUCUAUCAACUCAACUCAGACCUGACUCUCAAACACACUGUAGAUACUGGAUUAUGUCCACCAGAUGAAAAUGAUAUCAUUAAUACCAAUAAUAAUAGACUUCUGGUGGUAGCUCCAUCACCUGAGGAUAAACUCAUCACGUGUGGUGGUUGUGAUGGUUUCUGUGAGACAAGGAGCUUGACUAAUAUAUCACAUGAAGUUGUGAGAUAUGAUCAAUCGAGUGAGCAGUUUGUGGUGACCACAACAGAUGCACCUAUUGUUGGAGCUGUGUUGUUGGGUGCUGACUAUCAAAGUGAUGGUGUUGGUACUGCAGAUGAUGGAUUGUACUUAUUUACUGGGAUCAGUGACACCGGAGCUUCAAAUCCAUUUGUAUCAAAGCGUGGUCUUGAUAACCUGCACAUCAGACAAGCAGUAGCGUUACCUAAACAAUCUGCCCCACAAAAUAUUUUUAAACACUUGAUCCCUUACAUGGAAAACCUCUACUAUUUCAUGUCUAGGGGAAACAAUCAGAAGAGUGCAUACUUGGGGCGACUGUGCCGUAAUUCAUUAGAUGAACAAUUUGCAUCCUACACAGAGAUACAACUACAGUGUGGAUCUCACAAUGAGAUCCAGUCAGGUCAUAUAGGAGCAGCAGGAUCCCAGCUAGCUGAUUCAUUCAGCUUGGAGAGUACUGAUGAUCUUCUGUAUGCUGUAUUUGGAAGUGAUAUUUCAUCUGCUCUAUGCAUCUAUAAGAUGAGUGAUGUAGAGCAGAGCUUUGACGAUGCUGCCAAGGGAUGUAGCCGAACAGGAGAUAACAGAGGAAAGCAGAACAACUAUCUUCAAGAUAGCUCAUGUAACACAGUAAGUUCACUGAAGUAUCAACUGUCCAGUAAUACAGCCUAA